AUGCGAUGCAUUUACCUGGCCGCUGCGUUGCGGUAUGCCUCGGCUAUGAGCUGCGUGGAUUUCGUCACAUAUUCCCUACUACCCGACGGAAGUUGCUGUUUUCAGCGGCAGAUCUUCGAAGACCUGAGGACCUACACCUGGGAGCUCUUCAACAGCACCUCCGUCUCCGUGCCGCGGUGGGCCCAGGCCCCCCAGCGCAAGCUCAUCCUCUCCGCCGACCACAUGGAAGGCCGGGAAGGCCUGGAAGGCCUCGGGGGCUGCGUGGCUUUGGCCCUGGCCUUCCUGCGCCUCUUCGAGGCCAAGCUUGCUCUGGCCUCGGCCCUGUCGCUCUUCGCCUCUGAGAGCCUUCCAGCGAAGCAGCUGAGCAGAGCCACCGUGGAGGAGGGAGCCCGGAAUUUGCGGAGCGCCAUGAAGGAGAUCCGAGCAUCGAGGGAGCGGAGAGACUGGCCCUGGCAGAGGGUGCUGAGACAGGCGAAGCGUCUCUUGCGGGUCGUUGACAAACCCACUGCCUUUCCGGACUUCUUGAAUCAUGUGGGCUGGCUCUUAACUCAUCUUGGCACGAAGUCAUUGCUUCUGCCACCUGCCCGGCAGUGGAUGCAGCAUCAUGUGCCAGUGGUGCAGCUGACUUCGCUCGAGCUGCGCCGUGCGCUGGACAAUUGCCUUGCGGCUCUGGGAAGAGCUCAGGCUCAAUACUUUCCGAGCGGAGGCACACUGAUUGGGAUCCUUCGCGAGGGUGAGCUUCAUGGCAAGCAGAGCCCCGGAAGGGUACAUGUCCUGGACAAAGACUUGGAGUGGUUCGUCCGCGCUGACACUCCAGAAAGCGCAUCGUUCCUUGUCCUCGAUGGCCAGUUGCAUUUCUCACCGAACUCUACGGCAACGAGCGAUGCUUCCGACUGCCGCAUGCACCCAAGCCGCCACGACACCUACCGAGCCAUUCUCGCCAUGGGCAGAGGAACUUCUCGGGUACAGCAGUCCGGCGCCACCCUGCAAGGUUCGGCAAUGCCGCGGCAUCCCACUUCAAACAAGGCCAGCCACACUGCUGCCUCCAUUCACUUGAUGCUCAUAGCCAGAUGA